AUGCAUUUUUCGAACGAUUCAAUUCUAUCUGCAAAUAAAUCACCGUCAUCAUGGAUGCCUCCAACACAAAGUGCGCAUAUUUUUGGUGCAAUAUUUAUUGGAUGUGGUGUAGCAGCGCUAAUUUUCAAUGCUGCCAUCAUGAUAACACUUUGUCAUUUAAGGAGAAAUAUACUAUCACGUGUUUUUUAUUUACUUAUCUUUAAUUUUGCUAUCAUUGACCUUCUUAAAAGUACAUGCUCAAUAAUAUGGGCAUUAAAAAUGUUACCCGCGGGUAUUAGUACUUCCAUGUAUUUUAUGAAGGCUGAUCAAUUUGCGUUGAUGAUUUUACGUUUCGCAAAUUUGGCAACAAUUUUGAAUUUGUUAAUACUUACACUUAAUGAAUAUGUUUAUAUUAUUUAUCCAUUUCAUUAUCGCCGUCUUGUUACUAAUACAAGAGUUACACUAUUAAUUGUAACUUGUUGGAUAAUAGCAUGGGGAUUAACAUUAUCCAUUUUAUUUUUUGGUUCACGAAAGCAAUCGAUUUAUAUUAAACCGGAUUGCUUAAUGAAACGAAAACAUUUCAGUCAGCAUGUAAAUAACGAAGCAAUUACAACUACAAUAACAACUAUAGCAAUAACAACAACAACAAUAACAACAACAACAAAAGCAACAACAACAGCAGUAACAGACAAUAUUUCGUAUUCACUACGUUUACCAUCCUCUUGCUUUAUACGCAAUAGUCAGAUAUCAAAUAAUACCGAAUUUGUUUAUAAUAUCUUUGUUAUUGUAUUUUGUUUUGUAUGUCUAAUUAUAUCAGUUGCAUGCUAUGGUGGAUUAAUUCGUGUCAUUUCAAAAAUUGUCAAAAAUGAUACAUCGAUAGCGAUUGACAAUGAUUGUCAAGCUAAUGAUAGUUUAAAUGGUGAAUUCAAUCGAACAAGAAAGCGUUUAUUAAAAAGGAACAAAUAUGUAAUCGUAAUUGGCAGUGUAUUGGCUAUAUAUACUGUUUAUCUUAUUUCAUAUUCAGCUAUUAAAUUUCUAUUUGUUAGUAGGCUAAAAAGUUCACGUUUGGGCAUUUCAUUCACUGCUAUGUAUUACGUACGAUGGGGUUUUCAAACGUUAAUGUGUUUAAAUACGCUCUUGCAACCACUUUGUUAUUUUAGGAUGCAGGAAUUUCGAAGCACUUUCAAAACCGUCAUAUUUCGUCGUAAACAAAGCAAAUCACUGAUAGCUGAAACGACCUGUUUAUCCACUACAGAAAGUCGACGACGAAUCGUUUUGGGAAACAGUAAUAGAAAUGAUAAAAAUGAAAGAGAACAAAUAACUUAG